AAAGGGGUCACUAAUAGAAGCAUUCUCUAUUUAUCAGCUUUUAGUUGAAGUAACAGCUUACAAAUAUUCGAGCAAUAAAUGCUGUUAUGGAUUCAUAAAAAAGGGUCGCUCUGGUUUAGAAAAUAACUAUCAUGAGGACAUUGCUCUUGGGUAUCGAAAUGUAGUCCAGCUUUUAUCUCUGCCAUACCAGACAUUUAUUAGUUCCAUAGCAGACAUUUAUUUUUAGUAAUAAAAUUUCAGAACUAAUUUGAUUAUAUUAGAGAAAACUACAGUAAACUAGUUUUCAAUCUAGUGAUCCCAAAUUCCAGUUUAUUGUUAAGUUUUACCUGAUACCAAACUUUAAGCACCUAACAAAAUUCAAAACGUAUAUUUAAUAUUUUUCGUCAACAACGAUGAAUUUGGACAGACAUUUUGUCAAAAUUUGUCUCAGCAAGGCCUAUACAAGAGCUCUUUUGAUGAAUUAAAGCGACCUCUUUGAAGCGUCUUGAGUCAAAGGCUGUUUUAUAGCUGACUCGUUUUCGCUAUCGCAAAUCAACCAUACCAAUUAAUACCAAUCCGAAAUUAUCUAGCAACAAAGAUCGAUUUAAGUCAAAGGGAGCAUUUCAACGUCUACACAGCAGUCGCCUGGACGGAAACAACGCAGUGCUAAUCCCAGCGGGUGAAACCACGCAUUUCUCAUGUUUACACUCUUGUCAUAUUGUUCAACUUAUUUGCUCACUUUAUUACAAUUUUAUUUUUCACUAUUUGACAAUUAAAUUACAAGUAUCGAUUCACAAUUGACACUUGCCUAUUAAGAGUACAUUAAUUAUUCUUAACAACACAAAUAAAAGUCCAUUAUUUAUAUGAACUCGGCGAGUCGUCUCAACUUGUCGUCCUCUUAAAAAAAUUCUCAAUUUCGAUCGACCGCACAAAAAAAAUUACUCCUAAAUUCCGAUUUCAAGAAGCAAACAGCUUCGGAACAUUCCGUAAACUGAGAGUUGAUUCUUCCGUUUCAGCAAGUGAUUGCACAAUGACGGAAUCCUUAUUUCUUUCUCAAUUUCGAGGAAAAACAAAGCCUCGAGCCUGUUUAUUCCUCUUAAAGUGCACCUUGAAAUUCUGCCUCUUUCUGUCCCUGGUUCGAAUGGGAGAGGGGGUCGGUGGCGAUGAUUCGGACUUGGAUACCAAAAGUUGCUUCGAUUUCGACAUGCCCAUCGGCUGUUACUGUGAGAGUCUUCAGUCAUACACAGUCAAAUGCACAGUCUACCCGAAAUCCCUACCCAGCAUCGUCAAGAGACUCAUAAUUCAGAAGCUCCUCCAGAUCCCAAACGAGCCCGGAACCUACGACUCGGAGUCUCGUCUCGUCGCCAUAACUUGCAGAGACUGCUCUUUCGCCAGCAUACCCUCUAACGCAUUCGUCCAAUUUCCAAACUUACGCGAAAUAGACUUUUCGAGCGGGCAAAUAUUCCACGUAUCGCCUGACGCUUUCAAUGGACUGGAUAACCUCAAAGAUCUCGACCUAAGUUUCAACCGUUUGACUGAUCUCCACAGCGAUGCAUUGAUUUCCGUCAAAACUACGUUGGAGAGCUUGAAAAUCAACAAUAACAAGAUCGACAAAAUACCGCUCAACGAUGUGCAAAACCUGAACCAAAUUAAUCAUCUAAGCCAGCUUGAGUAUCACAGCAACCCAAUUUUCUGCUCCUGUCAAUUGUUCUACAUACACCAAUUGAUAAAACUUAAACAAAUUUCCUCCGAUUUCAACAUCGAAUCAUGUUAUCUGAAUCCCAGCUUUCUAACUUUCAGUGAAGAACAAGAGUUUCUCGAAUCGAAUUGUCCAUCACAUUUCGAGCCAAUAAUAACCAACAUAACAGAAAUCGACUGCUCAACUGUCGCUGUGAGCUUCAAGUACGAACCCUUUGUCCACAACUUUUCCAGCCGGAUAACUUACACAGUGGAAAUUGAGACCGAACAUCAGAGAGCUGAGAGGCACGAGGUAGCCGGACCACACUUCAUAUUACCAAAUCUAGCCGCUAGAACAACGUACCAACUCAGCAUCACUGCAGCUCAGGAGGGAAGUAGCGUCGACCGCAGCAAAUACCGAAGGUUCCGUAUCACUCAAUUUGUACACACAGGUAGUGGAAAAAUCGAGGAAUGUGCUCCAUUUCCAAGCACUUUGGGUCUUCAAGACCAGAAACAGUCGAAUUUCAUAUACCACACUGGAAUCAUAAGUGCAGUGGCCAUAUCUUCCACCGUAUUCAUAGCAAUGAUCGCGGCAAUUUUUGUUUAUUUCUGCCGAUCUUCGCGCAGUGUUCUUAACCCAGCUUCGCUAUUCAAGCCCAGGGCUUGCUUCAAUGAGUUCAACAUCGCAGCCAAUCAACAACCGGCACUAACAUUCAUGGCAAAUCACGAUUCGGUUUUGCAUACUGGGAACGACAAAUUCUGCAGCAGCGACGCACUUAGGCGACACAUAAUAUCGAACCCUUGCAUCAAAAUUGUUCGACAUGAGAACCUCGCAUUCAACCGGGUGCUGAAAAGCGGAAAAUUUGGAACAAUGUAUUGUGCCGAGGCAUUUAUGAUCAAGGCCGAAGAGUACCACAGCAAUGUAACAGUGAUCGAAUUCUCACAGCGAACGCUAUGUGAGCGAACUGGAUCUAAAUUGAUCAAUUUUUGUCGCUUGAGUCAUCCCAACAUUCUGAGUGUCCUUGGAAUCCAAGAAACAAUGGGUCCCAUUGCUUUGAUCUUGGAGUACAUUCCAGAAUACAUGGAUCUAAGAAUGUUCCUCAAACGCAUGCAAUUAAGGAGUCGCGUACCGGCUCACGAAGACCCUGUACAAGUUUUGUCGCUAGCAGUUGCUCAAGUAAUCAGCGGUGUUUCGUAUCUGUCACAGAACGGAUUCAUACACGGAGAUAUCAGUGCUCGAUCAUGUGUAGUGACUGGUAAUUUCUGCAUUAAAAUCACAUUCACAGGUGCGCAGGUUGACUUUUACCCCGAGGACUACUUGAGAACUGGAUCCCGAUGUCUUCCGCUACGUUGGAUGGCAUGGGAAGCCAUUCAAUUUGGAUCCUACUCUUUGCAAAGCGAUAUUUGGAGUUUCGGGGUCCUAAUUUACGAGAUAUUCACUUACGGAGACCGACCGUUCCGAGAAAUGACAGAUAUGGAAGUCGCCUCACACGUGACUGAGAAAAGAGGAUCGCUCAGCUCUUUCCCAAAACCCUUCAUUUGCCCAGACGAGAUCUGGAAAAUAGCCGAAGACUGCUGGCGUCACGGACCAAACGAGCGAAUCACAGCAUGUGGAAUCGAGAAUCGACUUCUGCAGGAAGUUUGGAACAUAUACAUUACAGAGAAUGAAGACAUGACACAAUCUGAGUUCGAACAAACUUUCAAAUCCGAGAUGGUUCGGCGAAUGAGCGAGAGCCGAGUUAACUUGAGUCAGACUGGAUAUUAUUCACUUUCGGACGAGGAAGAAACGACAGCGGGAAGUACUCUAAAUCAAUGUAGUGGGUUUGAAAAUACCACCACCCACGCUGAAGUGAUUUUGCCUUCUGUGAUCAACAACAAUCUCUCUCAGCAAAACAAUAAACUGUACUAUCUUGAAGCUUCUGCUUAACAAUUAACUAACAAGAUGAGUCAAACCAAUUUUUUAUUCAGUUAGAAGUGAUUGAACAUCAAAUGUUCAUUUCGUACUAGCCAUUUCUAAAUUUCACUUCAUUUUGUACUUCUUUAAACUUAUUUAACUUCCAUGCUCAUUAAUUUACAAUAAAUGCUUAUCUUCA